AUGACAGGUCAAGCCAUGCAGGUGUCGAUAAUCCAGAGUGGUAGAGCAAAGGUACAAGACGGCAUGCAGGCUCAGGGGCAGGUCAGGCAGAGGUCGGUAAUCCAGAGUAGGGGCAACGGUACAGGAGAGCAGUCCUACUUGGUGGACAACUCCAGUGGUCACGUCUCACUGAGACUUCCUUCCACCAGACUGAUAGAGGGCCCGACCUGGGCCCCCGGGCCCCGGGUGAUGCUCUGUUCCUGUGUGGGCACAGGGGGGGCCAUCCAGACCUUCAGUCAGAAUGCAGAGCCAAAAAGAGUGGAUACCGCAGUGACAGCGACAGACGCGGACGGAGGCUCCUUCGGCUCCAUCAGUUACUCUCUGGGGUCAGGCAUCAACAGUGCUGUCCCCUCCCAGUUCUCUGUAGGGAAGGAGACAGGACAGAUCUGUACCAACGUGGCUCUGGACAGGGAUCAGGGACCAACCAGCUAUGACUUUACCGUCACCGCCGUGGACGGGGGCGGUCUGAAUUCCAUGGCCUAUGUCAGGGUUGACCUGCUGGACAUCAACGACAACAGACCAGUCUUCUACCCUGUGAUCUACGCCGUCAGCCUCAGCUCCCAGAGUGCACCUGGCACCUCUGUCGUCAAGGUUACGGCCCUUGACCCCGACACUGGGGAGAACGGGAGGGUCACGUACCGAACCGUCCCCGGGGGCAACUCCCCCUUCUUCACUCUCAACAAAGACACAGGUGUGAUCUCCUUGUCCCGGUCGCUGCACGGCAAGGCCAACACGGUGAUCCCCAUGGUGGUUUCAGCCCAGGACGGAGGGGGUCUGGCAGCACUGGUCAACGCCCGGGUCAACAUCAGUGUGGUGGCAGGCCUGGUGGCGCCCCCGGUGUUCGAACACAGCCAGUACAGCUUCACUGUGUCUGAAGAUGUACUGCGUGGGACUGAGGUUGGCAUCGUACAGGCCAUCAGUAAGAACGGCGUCCUCAGUAAGGACAUCCUGUACAGCAUCUCCUCUGGAGACCCUGCUGGCUACUUCACCGUGGACCCAGAGAGCGGAGCCCUGCGGACCAGCCUUCCUCUGGACCACGAGGCCCAGCCUUCUCUAACCCUGGAGCUCCAGGCUCGUAGCGGCAGCCCCCCUGCCUUCGGUCAGACCCACGUCCACAUCACAAUCCAGGACAUCAACGACAACACUCCUGUCUUCCUGCCCUCUUCUUCCGAGUCUCUCCUCCUCCCGGAGCAAACAAAGAUGGGGACCAUGGUCUACCGCGUCCAGGCCCAAGACCGGGACUCCGGUAUCAAUGGCCAGGUGACCUUUGACCUUUCCUCCACCGCAACCUCAAGCGGAGGUCAAAGAACCUUUUCCAUGGAGCGCAGUACAGGGGAGAUCCGGCUGGUCGGCGAGCUGUCGUACGACGUAACGCCGCGUUACGACCUGACGGUGACAGCUAAAGAUGGCGGCGCUCCCCAGCUGAGCUCUACCAUGAUGCUUGUGGUGCACGUCCAGGCGGAGAACGACCACGGUCCCGUGUUCGACACCCUGACCUACCGCGUGGAGCUGAGGGAGAACACCCCGCUUAGCACAUGCUUCCUACAGGUGCGAGCUCUGAGCCGGGACACCGCGGGUUCAGGGUCCUCCUCUCCACUGGCAUUCCACCUGAGACCUGAUGGAGACGCAGCAGGGUUUGGCAUCGCAGUAGACAGCGGCUGGCUGUUUGUGAAGAGUGCCCUGGACAGAGAGGUGAAGGACAUGUACAUGUUGAUGGUUCUGGCCACGGCAGGCCACGGGCAGCUGAAGAAGACGGGCAGUGCCACAGUGAGGGUGUCGGUGACCGAUGAGAACGACAACUCUCCCCGUCUGAUCCAGGCGAGGGCUUUCCUGGCCGUGAGAGAGAACCUUCCGGCGGGUUCAGGUUUCGGACGGGUGCUGGCUACGGACCGAGACACGGGCCUCAACGGCAGGCUCAGUUACAGACUUUUACACCCAGACAGACACUUCCAGAUCAACUCACACACAGGUGAGAUCAGUACCCGUGUAGGUCUGGACAGGGAGCAGCAGAGUAGUUACCAGGUGUUGUUGGUGGUCCAGGAUGGAGGUACUCCCCCCCGCAGCGCUACAGGGACAGCCUUCAUCACCGUCCUGGAUGAGAACGACAACACUCCCUCCUUCAGACACAGCCAGCCUGGCAAAGGACUGACCAUGCAGGUGGUGGAGGGCCAGGCAUCAGGUUUACUGCUGGGGAAAGUACAGGCCAAGGACCCCGAUGAGGGAGAGAACGGCACUGUGUACUACUCCAUGUCAGGUCCCAGAGCAGAGCGUUUCUCUCUGAACCCCACUACAGGUGAACUGCGUUCCUCCUCUCCUCUGAGUCGCUCUGACAGAGCUGAGUACAGCUUCACUGUGACCGCCACUGACCGAGGCCAGCCAUCUCACAGCGCUACCUGUACACUACACAUACAGGUCCAGAGUGUGAGCAGAGCUCCUUCCAAAGCCAACACCCUCUCCAUGUCCUUUAACUCCGUCGAGGAGGCCAAACCAGGCUCUAUGAUUGGCUCUGUGAGGUCACAUGAUGGCUUUGAGCUCCCUGAGGCCGGUCAGGUGACCUACACGGUGGUGGGCGGGUCAGACCGAGACGGAACGUUCAUGGUGGACCGUCAGACAGGUGACGUGUACCUGGCGAGGGAGCUGGAUUAUGAGCGCUCCGCCCGCUACACACUACAGAUAGAGGUGGAUGACUUCUCCAUGACGUUACCCAGCAGCCACCUGGUGCAGCUAGACAUCGAGGUGGAGGACAGCAACGACCAUGCACCCCGCUUCCCGGGGGACCCCGUUACCGUGGUGAUACCUGAGAACAUGGAGCCUGGGGCGUCCAUCUACACCUUCCAGGCCUCGGAUCAGGACGGAUCAGGGCCCAACAGCCUGCUGACCUACUCCAUCCUGCACCAGUACCCUGACCUCACUGACCUCCUGGUGCUUGACCCUUCCACUGGCAUCCUGACCCUGGCACAGGAACUGGACCAUGAGGUCACUUCCUCCCUUAUCCUGGUCGUCCAGGCAACAGACUCCGCCCUGAAUGCCAGCCAACGGCGCUGGGGCUCGGUGACGGUGAGGGUGUUUGUGACAGAUGAGAAUGACAACGCUCCAGUCUUCAGCUCGCCAUCCGCGGUUAGCGUCAUGGAGGACCAGCCUGUGGGUUUCGUGGUUCUCUACGUUGUGGCGCGAGAUGCCGACCAGGGGGAGAGCGGACGGGUCAGCUACUUCAUCGAGACAGGCAACGCUGGAGGGAUAUUCAGCCUCAACCCUAAUACUGGUUCUCUGUCUAUCCUGAAGGCCAUCGACCGAGAGGAUCAGGACCUGUUGAACCUGACCAUUGUAGCCCAGGACCACGGGGUACCAGCACUCUCAUCCAGCCAGCUGCUGUCUGUCCAGGUCAUCGACGUGAACGACCAGGUGCCCUGGUUCCAGGAGAACCAGUACCAAGCCCAGAUUACAGAGAACCAGCCUGCAGGAAUCACUGUUCUUGUAGUGUCGGCCUCCGACCUGGACCAAGGUACCAAUGGCCAGGUGACAUAUGGAGGCAUCUCUGACGAGGGUUUUAGCAUCCACCCAGCUACAGGUGUUAUAACCACCACUAAAGCCCUGGACAGAGAGGCACAGGAACAAUACACACUGACAGUGUAUGCCCGAGACGGUGGCGUGCCUCCGAACUUUGCCCGGGCGGCAGUGAAGAUCCAGGUGUUGGAUGAGAAUGACAACGCUCCAGCAUUCAGCAGACUGUACUACAGUCUGGAGGUGCCUGAGAACAUGGAGGCUGUUGAGCUUUUCACCCUCAGAGCUAUUGACCUGGACACUGGGGACAGCGGAGGGAUGACCUACAAGAUCACAAUGGGAGACCCGUCAGGUGACUUCCGUGUGGACAGGAAGUCAGGUGUUCUCUCCACCUCCAGACCGCUGGACAGGGAACGUAGGGCCAGGUACAGUCUGACAGUGACAGCCCUUGAUGGGGGCUCUCCGGCCCUCAGCAGCACGGCCACAGUAGAGGUCACUCUCCUGGAUGUCAACGACCACAGCCCCCAGUUCACCAGCCCCAGCUACACCACUGACCUCUCUGAGGAUGUUCCUAUUGGCUCCCUGGUGCUGGAGGUCUCUGCUACUGACCUGGACCAAGGGUCUAACAGCCAGGUGCUGUACUUCCUGUCGCGCGGCUCCCAGGGCAUGUUCACCAUCGACCAGCACACGGGACAUGUCAUCACCACCGCUCCCCUCGACCGGGAACGAACCGCCUCGUACACUUUCCAUGUCUGCGCCACAGACUCGUCCCCCGCCAGCCCUCGCAACUCCACCGCCACGGUCACCGUGUAUGUACAGGACGUGAACGACAACGCUCCAUUCUUCAUCCAGGACCCCCUCGUCAUCAACAUCUCAGCCUCCAGUGUCUCCUCCCAUCGCGUCCUGUCCACCAUGCGGGCAGAGGACCGGGAUUUUGGGGCCAACGGCUCACUGUUCUACCGCUUCGCCAGCCCUGUCCGGGGCUUCACCAUCAACUCUCUGACCGGGGACAUCCAGGCUACAGAGAAGCUGCAGGGACUGACCCAGGGCCAGAGGACUCUGAUUGUAGAGGCUAUGGACCAGGGAAGCCCAGCUCAGUCCUCUCUAGGGGUGGUGGUCAUCUACAUCAGAGAACAGACCUACAGGGGGAUCCGCUUCUCACGCCACGCUAGAGACGUCAGCCUGCAGGAGAACGCCGCCAAAGGUACCGCUGUGGUGCAGACUCAGGCCCAGUACCCUGAUGGAUCCCGUAGUGGGAUCAGUUAUAGCAUCUUCAGCGGCAACACCCUACACUCCUUUGGAAUCAGCUCCUCCACUGGUGAGAUCUGGGUACAGAGCUCCAUGGGGCUGGACUAUGAGGAGACCCCUAGACUCCGCCUAGUGGUGAAGGCUGAAACUGCAUCCUCCAGUUCCUUCAUGGCGGUCAACCUGAUCCUUCAGGACGUCAAUGACAACCUGCCACGCUUCCAGCUGCAGAACUAUGUAGCCUACAUACGAGAGGCACAGGGAUAUCAUUUCCCUAUCAUACAGGUGGUGGCUGAUGACCUGGACCAGGGCCAGAAUGGUCAGGUGACUUACAGCCUGAGGUCGUCGUCUCUCAGCGGUCUGUUCAAGAUCGACCCGCUGACCGGAAGCAUCACCACCGCCGCUAUCAUGGACCGAGAGAUCUGGACACAAACCAAGCUGGUUGUUACGGCAACGGACCGGGGCACACCACGUUUGGCCGGCUCGGCUACCCUCACGGUGAUAAUCGUGGACCUCAAUGACAAUAGUCCUACAAUCCCCUUGCCGCGCGAGAUCAGAGUGCCAGAGAAUACUCUGAUUGGCUCGGUAAUAACCCAGGUGACUGGAAACGACGUUGACUCAGGCCCAGCCCUGUCCUACACCCUCCACCUGGACCCGUCCUCCCAGGGCGUGUUUGGGAUCCACCGCUACGGGGGCGGGGUGUCUCUGACCACCCCUCUGGACUACGAGGAGAGGACCUGGUACACGCUGACUGUCAGGGCUACUGACUCCAAACACCAGACUGAAGCUAACCUCACCAUACUGGUGGAGGAUGUCAAUGAUAACGCUCCUACGUUCACACAGGAUCUUUACCAGGUGAUUCUGGCAGAGCACACCCCAGCUGGCAGUGCAGUUGUCACUGUGACAGCCACGGACCGCGACUCUGGAGAGAACGGCCGUGUCAUGUACAGAGUGAUGUCAUCAACCCGGGACAUCUUCUACAUUGACCCCAGCAAUGGUACCCUGUUCAUCACCCAGCAGGCAGAGUUAGACUCUGAGAACCCUUCUAUCCUGGUGGUAAUAGAGUCCAGAGACAUGGGAACACCAGCCCUCUCCUCCACCGCUACUGUACAGGUCCAGGUGACUGACGUCAACGACAACGCGCCCGUCUUCCACCAAUCAGAGUACAGAGCCACGGUGUCGGAGGACGGCCUCCCGGGCGCCACCAUCCUGACCCUGGAGGCGGCCGACGGCGACACGUCACGCGACAACUGCGGCUUCGACUUCACUAUAGCUAGCGGAAACGCAGGCAAUGCCUUCCAGAUUGAGAGCAGUGUACGCUUCCUAGAAGGACGGGGCUUCCAGACAGUAGGCAGCCUGGUAUUGACCGGUGAGGGGCUGGACUUUGAGGCGGUGUCCAGUUACAACCUGACCGUGGUCGUGUCAGACCGCGGCGUGCCCCAGAGGAGCUCGGCUGUCUCUGCGCUGAUCAGUGUGACGGAUACUAAUGACAACCCUCCGGCGUUCAGCAGGGCAGAGUACAGUGUGGUGGUGAGUGAAGGAGCAGCCACAGGGACUGAGGUCCUCAGCCUGUCUGCAACAGACCCAGACUCCCCGGCCGUAGGGAAGGUGCAGUACCUGAUCAGCUCUGGGGAUGAGACGGGCAUGUUCCAGGUAGACCGCUGGACCGGAGCCCUGAAGCUGCAGAGACCACUGGAUAACGAGAGACAGGCAUCCCAUGUGAUCAUUGUGCAGGCGACAGAUGGACAGGGUCACUAUGCGCUGGCUCCUGUCACUGUGGAGGUGAAGGACAUUAAUGACAACAGACCUUACUUCCCUUUGCCCAUCCUCACCGCCAGCGUCAGAGAGAACCAGCCUCACAACACCCUUGUCACCAUGCUGCACGCCAUCGACCAGGACACGGGAGUCUUCGGACAGCUGAGGUACUACAUGUUGGACAAGACUGGAGAGGGGAAAGACUCCUUCCUGGUCAACCAGACGUCAGGCGAGGUCCGGACUCGCUCCACCUUUGACUUUGAGAAGGUCAACUUGUUCAACUUUGUAGCUCUAGCCAUGGACGCAGGGAACUACUCUGCCACGGUGACCAUCCAGGUGUACGUGAUGGGGGAGGAUGAGUACGACCCUGUGUUCUCCGACUUAGAGUUCUCCUUCCUGGUUCCUGAGGGGGCGAAGAAGGGCCAGAGCAUCGGUCAGGUGACAGCCAGAGACGAGGACGAGGGAGUGGACGGAAUUGUUCUAUACUCCCUAGCUGACCCCUCGCCCUACUUCCAGGUCAAUGCAUCGACUGGUGUGGUCUCCCUGAAGAUGGACAGCCACGUUCGACACAUGAGUAGGGCCAAGAGGGAGGUCCGUGUGAUGACCCUUGACCUGACGGCCCACAGCCCUCUGGAGAGGUCCCGCGUGGCCACGGCCCGCCUCACCGUUGACGUGACAAACACAUCUUUCGGCCUGGUGUCGGACAUGAACCUGCUGCUGGUCAGUGUGAUCGCUGUGUCCCUGGGAGCCAUCCUCAUCCUCAUCUUCAUCGCCAUGUCUCUGUUUUGUGUGAGACUGAGACGUCAGAGGAAGGAGCAGCAGAGUCGCUGCAGACCUCCAGCCUCUCCCGGCCACGGCACCAUGCUACACAAACUAGAGGAGACUAAAGUUACCGACACUGACCGGAACGACCGCAUCUACCAUCAGGCCUUACCAGGGUAUGUUUCCGACCAAACAGGGAGUGGAGGGGGAGGGCCAUACCCCCGCGGGGGCUCCCUGGACCCAUCCCACUCCAGCGGGCGUGGCUCAGCGGAAGCGGCGGAGGACGAUGAGAUCCGGAUGAUCAACGAGUACCCCCGUGUCUCCUCCAUCUCUUCAUCCAUGCAAGAACACAUCUCAGCCCGCGGGCCAGACUCUGGUAUCCAGCAGGACGCUGACCAGCUGUCUGACAUCUCGUGUGAGCCCAACAUUGACGCCAACCAAUGGUUUAAGGCCAAGAAGCUGGCCAAUCUCAGUGGGACUCUGCUGGCUGGGCAGGUGCCUGUCUACAGGGAGGAUGGAGGAGGUUAUCUGGGGGUAGGGAGGGGGCUGAACAUCUCCCACCCUAAAGACUAUGCCUUCCCAGUGGAUGGUAAACCCGCUGUGGAUGGCUCCCUCACAGCCAUAGUGGCCAGUGACGAGGAGCUGAGGGGUAGUUAUAACUGGGACUACCUGCUGAACUGGUGUCCACAGUUCCAGCCAUUAGCAAGCGUCUUCACGGAGAUAGCGAGGUUAAAGGAUGAGACGGCCACUCCUAACCCUCGCAGACCGCUCCAGCACAAAGCCAAGGUGGACCCCAAACCCCCUCGCAUUGACCCCCCGCCCCUAAUCACCUCCAUAGCCCACCCCGGGGCGAAGACAGUCCCGGUCAAGCCUGCUCCUGUCAAGCCCUCUGUGGGGAGGUCCUCCUUCCCCCACCUGUCCUCCCUACGGAGGUCCCCCAUCAGUCACGAGGGCUCCCCCUCCUCAGUAGCCAUGUCCCCCAGCUUUUCCCCCUCCCUGUCCCCCCUGGCCGCCCGCUCCCCGGCCAUCAUACCCUUCGGGGUCACCCAGGGCCCCUCAGCCUCCAUGAUCAGCACCACUGAACACAGCAUGGAGCACAUUGAAGAGGCCGAGAUGAGGAUAUAGACUCUAUCGACUCACAGGUGAGGAUAUAGACUCUAUCGACUCACAGGUGAGGAUAUAGACUCUAUCGACUCACAGGUGAGGAUAUAGACUCUAUCGACUCACAGGUGAGGAUAUAGACUCUAUCGACUCACAGGUGAGGAUAUAGACUCUAUUGACUUACAGGUGAGGAUAUAGACUGUAUCGACUCACAGGUGAGGAUAUAGACUGUAUCGACUCACAGGUGAGGAUAUAGACUCUGUAGACUGAGAUAAGGAUAUAGACUCUAUAGACUCUGAGGUACUGGAGAUUGGAAGACUGAUACUGAGUUAUUGUUCCUCAAAAAACAGAAGUGUUGUCUCAAUUGACACUCUAUUUAGGUUGCAGGGUGGUACCCCUCCUAUUGUGUAAUGGUCACAGUAUCUGGUGUCAAUAGACUGGAUCGUACAGUGUACCUUCCAUUCUGGCCAGAACACAGAGUGUGGUUAGCACUGUAGUUAAAUAAUGAAGUAACUCUCAAACCACCAAAGGUGGUAGAUGCAUCAUAAACUAAUGGGACUCUCAAACUGGACUAGAAUCAAAACUGAGACCAAAUGGAUGUUGCCUGUUCCUGAGGACUUCCUCUUCCCUCGAUCCAAUCAGUGUCAAGAGAACUAAACUACCCAGGAUUUGCACGUUCUAACGGGGAGCCAUGAUGUCAAUAUUUUGUAGAAGAUACCUUUUUUUGUCUAUAUUUUUAUACUGACUUUGGUUUCUGACUAGAAAUGGCACUAAUUCUGUGCCAGAGGGCUGUUAUAGCCUCAGAAUAUAUUUCCAUGUGUGUAUAUUUGUAGCUAUGUAACAGUAUGUUUGAACUGUAUGUUGGUUGUAUCUCAUGUACUUAACCAUUAAUGUGUUUUUGGAACAAAACAAAGCUCUUUCUUUCUAUUAGUGUGAUUGAUUGGGGGGAUAUUCUGUCAUUUCUUGUAAAUAUUUAUUACAGAGGAGUGAAAAAGGAGCUUGCCUUGAUGGAAGAACAAAAAUAAUCUGGUAGCGUGUUGGAUCCCUCUCAUAAUAAUUCAGUGUGCCAUAUGUGUGUCCCAAAUGGCACCUAUUCCCUAUAUAAUGCCCUACCUGGUCAAAAGUAGUGCACUAUAAAGGGAAUAGGGUACCAUCUGGGAUGCAAUUGUAGUCUUUUGAGUCUUGUUUGAAGGGAUCAGUCACACAUGUUCUCAUGUCCUAUACACGUUCCUUUGCUUCUUCCCUCCAGUCUAGUUGAGGUCCUUCCUUUCAGGUGUCCUUAAUCCCUUAAUCACGAUGAGCCUUACAGGUCUACUUGGUAUUCUAGUGGCACAGUAGACACAGACAAGGGCAGAACUACUCAGACAUAGACAGACAGGGGAGGUCAGAAAGAUUAUAGAGACCAGCAGGAAUAGAACUAAGAAAAAAACCAAUGUAAUGUAAUUCAGCAGACCGGUCUAGUUGUUAUUCUAGAGGCAGCUAAACUGCAGUUGCAGUUGCUGCUAAACACCUGCAACUGUCAUAUCCUGCAAUAUAGAACAAAAUAUUUCCUUAAAAGUUGAUAAAUAAAGUAAACACAUUUUUUUGGCACAGCCAGGACACAGGUUGGCGCAGCGCCCCUCAUACAUUCUUUGUGGAAAACCCUGAGGUUUGAGUAGGGGUUUUUGGUGUACCUCUGACCAACUGAAUAAGGGUUGUGUGUGUACCUCUGACAGACUGUAUAAGGGUUGUGUGUGUACCUCUGACAGGCUGUGUAAUGGUUGUGUGUGUACCUCUGACAGGCUGUGUAAUGGUUGUGUGUGUUCCUCUGACCAACUGAAUAAGGGUUGUGUGUGUACCUCUGACAGGCUGUGUAAGGGUUGUGUGUGUUCCUCUGACAGACUGUGUAAGGGUUGUGUGUGUUCCUCUGACAGACUGUGUAAGGGUUGUGUGUGUUCCUCUGACAGGCUGUACAAGGGUUGUGUGUGUACCUCUGACAGACUGUAUAAGGGUUUUGUGUGUACCUCUGACAGACUGAAUAAGGGUUGUGUGUGUACCUCUGACAGACUGUAGCUCACUAAGCUCAUCUCAGUAUCAAUGGGAUUCUCUCCAGCAUCCUGGACCAGGAGAAGCUUUUAGCAACAGAUAUUUUCAUAAUUUCUUUGCAGGGGAUGUUCCACAAAGCCAGAUGAAUCUCUGAAAUACUGCUCUUCAAAUCACAUGCAGGACUGAAACUAGAAAGAACACUAAUCAAAACGGUGUUGUUGAGAUUGCUUAUCUGUUCUCUCUUAGCUUAUCUGUUCUCUCUUAGUUCCUUCUCUGAACUACAGUAAUGUAAGUUAUCAAUAUUGUUAGUUUCCAGUAUUGUUAGUUUUCACUACGCCUGGAGUUAGGUGUAACUAGCUACAAACAAGUGUCUGUUGAGAUACCACUUCUUGGUAUCAGAAUGUAACACCAAACUGAGUCCCAAAUGGCACCCUAUUCCCUAUAUAGUACUUUUGACCAGGGCUCUAUUGGGGUAUUUUCCUCCGUAAAAAGAGUGCACUUCCCUAUACAGUAGUUCACUAAGUUAUUUGGGAUGCAACACAUGUAGACCUGCAUGACCUUCAGCUUGUAGCUUACUGUCUGUUGUCUGAUAGAAAAACACGUUCAAUUUCAGUGGUUUUGGCAGCCUGCACUAAAUACCCCUGUGUAAGGUUGUAUUUAUGGUUAGCUAGCCUUCUGCCAUGGACUAAAUCGGGAGACUCCAUUUUCCUUCAUUCAUCACGGUGGAGCUUCUUCCAGGCUGACAGUUUGAGUCUUUGUACCGUUUUUAAUUGUUAACAUGUUAAAUGAAGAAACGUUACCUUUAUUGGCUCUGAGAAACUACACUACAUCCUUGAGACACAGAGGCUAUGUUCCAAAUGGCACCUUAUUCCCUAUAGAGUGUGCUGCAAAAGUAGUGCUCCAUGGACGGAAUAGGGUGCCAUUUGGAACACUCAGUGAUGGAUGCUAAUUAGUACUCAGCCCCACUCCAACUUAGAAAUCUUUAAAAGUGUUUAAGUCAUGUUAAACUGCCCUUAAAACACAAGGCUAUUUACAGUUGAAGUCGGCAGUUUACAUACCCCUAGGUUGGAGUCAUUAGAACUCGUUUUUCAACCACUCCACAAAUUUCUUGUUAAUAAACCAUCGUUUUGGCAAGUCGGUUUGGACAUCUACUUUGUGCAUGACACAAGUCAUUUUUCCAACAAUUGUUUACAGACAGAUUAUUUCACUUAAAAUUCACUGUAUCACAAUUCCAGUGGGUCAGAAGUGUACAUACACUAAGUUGACGGUGCCUUUAAACAGCUUGGAAAAUGCCAGAAAAUGUCAUGGCUUUAGAAGCUUCUAUUAGGCUAACUAGCAUCAUUUGAGUCAAUUGAAAGUGUACCUGUGGAUCUAUUUCAAGGCCUACCUUCAAACUCAGUGCCUCUUUGCUUGACAUCAUGGGGAAAUCAAAAGAAAUCAGCCAAGACCUCAGAAAGAAUUGUAGACCUCCACAAGUCUGCUUCAUCCUUGGGAGCAAUUUCCAAACGCCUGAAGGUACCAUGUUCAUCUGUACAUACAAUAGUAAGUGUAAACACCAUGGAACCACGCAGCAGUCAUACCGCUCAGGAAGGAGACUUGUUCUGUCUCCUAGAGAUGAACGUACUUUGGUGUGAAAAGUGCAAAUCAGCCCCAGAACAACAGCAAAGGACCUUGUGAAGAUGCUGGAGGAAACAGGUACAAAGGUAUCUAUAUCCACAGUAAAACAAGUCCUGUAUCGACAUAACCUGAAAGGUAGCUAAGCAAGACUACGGUUUGCAACUGCACAUGGGGACAAAGAUUGUACUUUUUGGAGAAAUGUCCUCUGGUCUGAUGAAAGAAAAAUAGAACUGUUUGGUCAUAAUGACCAUCGUUAUGUUUGGAGGAAAAAGGGGGAUGUUUGCAAGCCGAAGAACACCAUCCCGACCGUGAAGCACGGGGGUGGCAGCAUCAUGUUGUGUGGGUGCUUUGCUGCAGGAGGGACUGGUGCACUGCACAAAAUUGAUGGCAUCAUGAGGAUGGAAAAUUAUGUGGAUAUAUUGAAGCAAUACCUCAAGACAUCAGUCAGGAAGUUAAAGCUUGGUCGCAAAUGGGUCUUCCAAAUGGGCAAUAACCCCAAGCAUGCUUCCAAAGUUGUGGCAAAAUGGCUUAAGGACAACAAAGUCAAGGUAUUGGAGUGGCCAUCACAAGUCCCUGACCUCAAUCCUAAAUAAAAUUUGUGGGCAGAACUGAAAAAGCGUGUGUGAGCAAGGAGGCCUAGAAACCUGACACAGUUACACCAGCUCUGUCAGGAGGAAUGGGCCAAAAUUCAUCCAACUUGUGGGAAGCCUGUGGAAGGCUAUCUGAAACGUUUGACCCACGUUAAACAAUUUAAAGGCAAUGCUACCAAAUACUAAUUGAGUGUAUGUAAACGUCUGACCCACUGAGAAUGUGAUGAAGGAAAUAAAAGCUGAAAUAAAUCUACUAAAUAAAUCUCUCUACUAUUAUUCUGACAUUUCACAUUCUUAAAAUAAAGUGGUGCUCCUAAAUGACCUAAGACAGGGAAUUUUUACUAAGAUUAAAUAUCAGGCAUUGUGAAAAACUGAGUUUCCGACUUCCGACUUCAACUCUAUGUUUAAAAUUAAGAAGCUUGGAUAUCAUGUUGUUUUGAGCUCUUACUUUGUUCAUUCAUCAGUUUGUUAUUUAUAAAAUUGUACAUCCUCUUUCUUCCCGCACGUAGCCCAUAAUAUACUUGUUCCCCACAUAUCAUAUAUCUGCCCUGAUGUGCUAGGUGUUUGUUCUUCUUGUCAAAGUGCCUGAUUAAAGUACUUAUGUGAACACAA